CCAAUUCGGUCCUGUCGUGAUAUCAACCUGCUUCGUUCUUAAGUGACCAGUGAAUUCGUUUUACAAAGAUUGCAAAACGAUCAGCGUGCAUUCAACGCAAGACAAGGAUGUGAAUUGGUGAUGAGUAAAAUAUAAUAAUGUUGGCAGGAACUGAUGCUGGCUAUACAGGGGCGAUAAUAUCCUUAUUUUUCUUGACGAUGAUGACUAGAGCAGUGUCCCAGUCAUUGGAAAGUCCGUGUCCAGACAUAUUCAAUUAUCGCUACGAUCGCCAAGGAAAUUUGUACGGUGAAGUUCAAAUAAAAGGUGCUCGCUCUGAUACUCUCCAGCUGAACGUCGAAUUAUCAAUCGGAAAUAUAAUUGAGCAUGAUUACAACGGAAACAUCGAACUGACUCAACCAAAAGAACAAGUACUUCAAGACAUGCUCAAUUUCGAACCAGUAGUAUACAAAGUACAAUUCCCAAUGUGGAGAGUAAUCCCACCUAAAAUCACGAAAAUAAAAGUAGAUGGGAGUUUAAUAUGUUCGGGACCCCCCCGGAUUCCGACGAAUUUAGUGCCAGUGAUAACGACCGUGAAUUUGUUCCACACUAUCAAAGUGGACAUCUCCCCCCUCAUGUCCUUUACCAACUCACCCCCCGAAAACAGCAUUUUCUACGAAGAAGAAGCUCCCAGUUCAGACAGCGACGGCGCAGUGAGGCGGGUGCAGGGAGGACAAUUAGGAGGAAGGGGAAAGCCGCCCCCGCCCAAGAGAAACCGGUUCCGGUUCAAUCCGGUCGCGCCCCCGGAUCCGACCAAGAUUUACAGGGGCAAUCCGUUUUUGGGGACGCCGAGUGUGGACCAUUAUCGGCCGGGAGGGAUUUUCGGACAGUUAGAUGAAAUGCCAUAUCGAUUCAAUCCGACCUCCACCCAACCUCCAAUCCAAGAAGAAGAACAAUCGGACUCUUCCUACGAAGUGUCCCACAGAAAAGACGACUUUUCCCCUGCGCAUCCCGGAACCAACUUCUCGCCCCAGCAGAUUGUCCCCAAAGACAACGUACCCCCCAACAAGAAUAGGGGCCCGUACGGGGAUAUCUGCGGCCGGCCCAUUCUGACGAAUUCCCUGAUCAGCAACGGGGAUGCGGUGCCCAGAGGGGCCUUCCCCUGGCUGGGGGCCCUCUACAGAAGCAAACCCUCGGGGUUCCUGUAUAUCUGCAGCGCUUCCCUCAUUUCGGAUAGACACGUCGUUACAGCCGCUCACUGCGUGAAAAACCAAGACUCCAAAGUGCUCAAACCACAAGAACUCGUCGUCAUCCUCGGGAAACUGAACCUGCAAAGAUGGGGCAGAUAUGCGGAGGGUGAGAAGAUGAUCGAACCGGAGUCCGUUUCGGUCCACCCGGAUCACAAAGAUUCCAGCGCAGAUGCGGAUAUUGCGGUUCUCGUACUCAGCGAAACCGUUCAAUUCUCCAAAUACGUGCUGCCCUUGUGUCUGUGGGUAGAGAACACGGAUCUGCGUAACAUUGUUGGCACAGAAGGCAUAGUUGUUGGUUGGGGCAAAGACUUGAAUGGAGUUCUUAUGACCAACGAACCAAAACAGACCAAGUUGCCCAUCGUUAGUCAGGAAAUUUGCCUCAGAAGUUCCUAUGAAUUCCUGCACGUCACAUCUAACAGAACAUUCUGUGCAGGAUUCCGGAAUGGCAAUGGACCCUGCAAUGGAGAUAGCGGCAGUGGAUUCAUAAUAAACAGGAAUGGAAGGUGGACAUUGAGGGGUGUUGUAUCCAUGUCGCUCAAAGACAUCAACACCAGGUCCUGUGACUUGAGCAACUAUGUUGUGUUCACUGAUGCCAGUAAAUAUUUAGAUUGGUUGAUAUCAUUUAUUAAAUGAUUUUUACCCAUCA